AUGUCAUCUAUAGGAACGUAUGAGCCACAGAGUACGUUAUGGAAAACAGCAAUAUACUGUCACGCGCCUGUCCGAUUCUACAUAGUGUAUUUAAGAUAUAAAUAUUUUACAAGUAUCAUUCAGAAUGGCUGCCUUAUUAUUGUCAAUUUAGCAGUAUUUUUAAAUGUUAUAGAAAACUUAACUUUAAUUGGGUUGACCCAUUGGACUUCAUCUCAGAAUUACAAGUACCAUGAGUUAUGCUUCAAGACAUUCAUUGGUACUUCAGUAUUCUAUAUGCUAUUUAUAUGCAUAUUGCUUACUAAGUAUAGAAGAAGACCUAAUAUUACAUCCAGGGAGCAACGCUCUGUAAAAUUAAAAUGGCGAGCAUUCAUUACAAAUGUAACUUCCUUUGUCUUUGCUGCCUAUUUCUUCUUGCGGCAUAACAGUCUAUGUGAGCCUUAUGUGUAUUCUAUGUUUGGUUUAGCAGAAUAUAUAGUGGUCAUCAGCAAUGUUCUAUUCCAUUUAACAACAGCAUAUGAUCUCCAGUUCAAUUUCAUGUGUGUAACUAGCAAAGGACUUCAAGUAGAAUAA